AUGGUUCAGUCACCUAUGCUCUCGGCACCGCUGAAGCAGACCAACGAAAUCGAUUGGAUCCAGCCCCUCAAGGACUACAUCAGGCAGACUUAUGGCGAGGACCCCGAGCGCUACAGCCAAGAAUGCGCAACCCUCAACCGUCUCAGACAGGACAUGAGAGGUGCUGGGAAAGAUAGCGCUACGGGUCGCGAUCUCUUAUACCGGUACUAUGGUCAGCUGGAACUGUUAGAUCUACGGUUUCCAGUCGACGAGAACCAUAUUAAGAUCUCAUUCACAUGGUUCGACGCGUUCACUCACAAACCUACAUCUCAAUACUCGCUAGCUUUCGAAAAAGCUUCCAUUAUCUUCAACAUCUCCGCUGUGCUCUCCUGCCAUGCCGCCAACCAAAACCGGGCCGAGGAUGCAGGUGUGAAGACGGCCUAUCACUCUUUCCAGGCAUCUGCGGGCAUGUUCACCUAUAUCAACGAGAACUUCCUGCAUGCUCCCUCAACCGACCUCAACCGGGAUACGGUCAAGACUUUGAUUAACGUCACACUUGCCCAAGCCCAGGAGGUUUUCCUCGAGAAGCAAAUAACGGAUGAGAAGAAACCAGGCUUUCUCGCUAAAUUGGCUGGUCAAGCCGCCUAUCUGUAUCAGCAGGCAGGCGAAACAAUGCAGGAGUUUGUAAGUAAGAAUGUCUUCGACAAGGUGUGGUCAACUGUUGUGCAAGCAAAGGCCGCCCAUCUAAGCUCUGUUGCUUCGUACUACCAAGCGAUUGCCGACGAUGAAGCCAAUUCCCACGGUGUUGCCAUCGCUCGGCUGCAGCUGGCCGAUAAGCAAGCCACUACCGCACUUACCUGGGCCAAAGCGUUCCCUUCAUCAGCCCCAGCAACUUCGAACAUGACUGCUGAGUCUGGAACUGCGCUUGUUGAGCUUGUCAAACAUAACCAAACCAACGUCCAGACAAAGCUUGCAUCCAUGAUCAAAGACAAUGACUUCAUAUACCACCAACCCGUCCCAAAUGAGGCAGGGCUUUCAGCAGUGGCGAAGCUUCCGGCUGCCAAAGCGAUUCCUGUCAGUGAACUAUAUCAAGGGCAAGACAUUCAGCGCAUUAUUGGGCCGGAUAUCUUCCAGAAGCUAGUGCCGAUGUCAGUCACGGAAACAGCCAGUCUGUACGACGAGGAGAAAGCCAAGUUGAUACGCGCUGAAACCGAGAAAGUAGAGACCGCCAACGGUGAAAUGGCGGCUAGUCUGGAUUAUCUCAAAUUACCAGGCAGCUUGAACAUUUUGAAAGGGGGCAUGGAUCAGGAAAUGACCGUGGACGAGGAGUUUACCCGCUGGUGCUCUGAGCUUGCAGGGCACAAACCAUUUAAUAAGGCUUUUGACGAGCUUCAGGAACGCAAGGCAGAUGUGACAGCUCAAUUGGACCAAUGUUCAAAGCAACUGGAUUUGGAGGAAAGUGUGUGCGAGAAGAUGCGGUCCAAAUACGGAGCUGAUUGGAGUCAACAACCGAGUGCUCGCUUGAAUACUACGCUUCGCGGUGAUAUUCGUACGUAUCGCGAUACCAUAGCUGAGGCUAGUACAAGUGACACGCAGUUACUAUCCUCCUUCCGGCAAUUCGAAGCAGACUUCGAUCAAAUGCGUUCUGCCGGCGAAACAGACGAAGCCGAUGUCCUCUUCCAGCAGGCAAUGAUCAAGGCCGGUGCUAAACAUAAUAAAGGCAAAAACGGAGCCACCAGUCCUGCGGAGGGUAGUCUCUUGGACGAUGUCUACGACGAAGGUAGCGCAUCUGUUGCAGAUCAGAUCGCCAAGGUGGAGGAAAUCUUGAAGAAACUCAAUCUUGUCAAGCGGGACCGAGCACAAGUUCUCAAAGAUCUCAAGGAGAAGGUCCACACUGAUGACAUCUCAAACGUCCUGAUAUUGAACAAGAAGUCGAUUGCUGGUCAAGAAACCCAAUUAUUCGAGGCUGAGUUAGAAAAGUUCCGCCCUCAUCAGAACCGUCUGCUACAGGCAACGCACAAGCAACAAUCUUUGAUGAAGGAACUCACAAAGACAUACGCGGAUCUGCUCCAGGAUAAGCGUGUUCAAGCUGAACAAUCCAAAUACGAGGGUGUCACUCGGCAAAGGAACUCCGUAAUGGCCAGGUAUAAAAAGAUAUACGAGGCGUUCAAUAAUCUGUCUUCCGGAGUAAUGCAAGCUCGGACGUUCUACAAAGAAAUGAGCGAAAAUGUUGAAAGCCUGCGGAAGAACGUCGAGACUUUCAUCAGCAACCGCCGAUCUGAGGGCGCCCAGCUUCUGAGCCAGAUCGAGCGCGACAAGGCCAGCGGCAUCUCAGAUCAGGAAGAUCGCGAGAGAGAGAAGCUUCGUCAGUUAAUGGAGCGUCUAUCAACUGAGCCCAAACCACCCUCAGUCUCGCCCUCGUCAGUCUCUGCUGCUGCUCCCCCAGCUAAAGUCAAAUCUCCUCCACCUCCAGUUCAGACCCCUGCAUAUGGAACAGGGCCAUCGCCAAAGAUGUCUCCUCGAUACCCACCUAACAUGCCUGGGGCACAACCGCAUGGCGUGCCUCUGUCGCACUCCCCAGCGCCCUACGGACAAUACAUGAGCAUGGGCGGUAAUCCCAGCAUGCCCUAUAUGCCGCAGUCUUUCCAGCAAGGCGCUGCUGCUCCGUUGUCAGAAGGCUACAACCCGAUGGCAUAUCCCUACCAAACUCCGGUCUCACCACCCCCAAACCAACAGUUCUUCUCUCACACGCCGACGCCCUAUUCUGGUUACACGAGCGCUAGCCCCGCCCCCACUGCUGCCUCAACAGCCUCGUCUCACUACAUUGCACCCCAGGGCUACAUCCCGCCCCCGCCUCCCCCACGCCCGCAGCAGACGAGUUACCCACCCUCGACUGGUAGUGCUUACCCCUCUGGCCCGGGUGGAUAUGCCCAAAGCAGACCCUACGGGCACCACAAGACACCCUCUCAGUCCCAGCCACAGGCCCAGCCUGGGGGCGGGGAUCCUUGGGCAGGCCUCAAUGCCUGGAAAUAG